AUGUCCAAGGAGCUGAAACUGGCCGCACCUGGUAAGGAACUCGGUGGUUCACUAAGUAAUAUUGAGACGGCCAAGAACUAUGUUGUCCAACGUAGUCUUUUGCGCUCCGUUUUUAUAGUCGUCACUUGUACCGCCGCAAUGAUUGUCAAUGUAUUCAAUACCACCUCUGUUUCUAUCUCACUCCCUACGAUUGAGAAGGAUCUAGCUAUCGAGGAAGAUAAGCUUCAGUGGCUCGUAUCCGCCUAUUUUCUCAGUUCUAGUUGCCUUCUCUUGUACUCCGGCAGGUUGGCGGAUCUUUAUGGUCGAAAAAAGGCGUUUAUGAUUGGUACUCUUUGCCAGGCUACCUUUUCUCUUGGUUGUGGGUUUGCACAGGAUGGUGUCACUCUCGCCGUCUUGCGUGGCUUCCAAGGCCUUGGAGGCGCCGCUACAAUACCAUCCUCACUCGGUAUCCUAGCGCAUGCAUUCCCUCCGUCAAGAGCACGUUCAAUAGCAUUCGCUACCUUUGCAGCAGGUGCUCCUGUCGGUAGCGCAUUUGGCAUGAUUAUUGGUGGUGUCCUGACCGAGCUUACCUCGACGCGUUGGCGUUCUAUAUUUUAUUUGGCUACAGCAACUUCAGCUCUUAUUGGAGUUUCCGGUCUGAUCUCAUUCGAUGCUGACGUUUCCUCGUCGGAACUUGUCAAACGUGUGGACUGGAUCGGCGCUUCGCUUGUCACAAUUGGGUUGGUUUUGAUUGUAUUCGUACUUGGUCAAGGAGAAAACGCUUCAGAUGGGUGGAAAACCCCAUAUAUAAUCGCGCUCCUGGUCGUCGGAGUCAUCAUGGUUGCAUUAUUCCUGGUUUGGGAGUGGAAGCUGGAACGGAUCAUCGACGAGGAUCCAUCAAGAGCGACAUCCAUGUGGACACCGCCACCACUUAUGAGGCUCUCGCUCUGGACUAGGGCAAAGGGCCGAAUGACUGUUAUUUUUGUUAUUGCAUUCUUAAACUGGGGUGCUUUCUCCGGCUGGAGCUUCUGGGUUCAGCUGUAUUAUCAAAACUACCUGUUGUUGACAGCGGUCGAAAGUAUGGUCCGAUUCAUUCCCAUGCUUGUUGUUGGCUGUUUAUGCAACUUUUUUGUGGCGAUGGUCGUUGCCAAACUGCCUUUGGUUAUCAUUAUAGUCACCGGCUCGCUCUUGAUGGCAACUGCUACCAUCCUGUUUGCCGUAAUCGACCCGUCCGUAACAUACUGGGCUUUCGGUUUCCCGUCCACAGUGCUCAUCAUUCUUGGUGCUGACAUCGUGUACUCCUCCGGUACAAUUUUCCUUGCCAGAACCUCGCUCCCACACGAACACAGCGUAGCCGGAGCGCUAUUCCAAACUAUGACACAGAUCGGCGCCACAUUCGGUCUAACUGUAUCUACGAUCGUGUUCAGCACUGUGGUUGAUAGGGAAUCUGCCAAGCUCGGCGUCAAUGUAAACUCUAGCGGUACCAACGCGCCCAUGUCCGCACAACUCGUGGGGUAUAAAGAUGCGCAAUGGACCUCUGCUGCGUUUGCCUUGAUGGGUGCUCUGCUAGCAGUGCUUUUCCUCCGCAGUGUCGGUAUCGCUGGACACCAGAAGGUUAUUAGACAUUUUGAUUCUGAUUAG